CCACCACCCGCUACAAUAUGGCUUCCCCCAGGGAAAGGCGAGACCUAACGUCUAAGUGUAGACUCUAAAUCCUUCCUCACAUGGAUCGUAACGCAGAGUUCAAGAGAUGGAAGGCACAGGGUCUGAGCAAAGCAGACCUCAGCCGAAAAGGCAGUGUGGAUGAGGAUGUGGUAGAACUUGUGCAGCUCCUGAAUGGGCGAGAACAGUACUUCACCACGAGUUCCUGCGCUGGGCGCAUCAUCCUCCUAGAUGGGAAUAUAAAUGGUUUUGAGGUUCAAAAGCAAAACUGUUGCUGGCUACUGGUCACACACAAACCUUGUGUAAAAGAUGAUGUGAUUGUAGCUCUGAAGAAAGCAAAUGGUGAUGCCAUUUUGAAAUUUGAACCACUUAUUCUUCAUGUGCAGUGUCGACAGUUACAGGAUGCACAGAUUCUGCAUUCAGUGGCAAUAGAUUCUGGUUUCAGGAACUCUGGCAUAACUGUGGGAAAGAGAGGAAAGACUAUGUUGGCUAUCCGGAGCACACAUGGCUUAGAAGUUCCAUUAAGCCAUAAAGGAAAACUGAUGGUGACUGAGGAAUAUAUCGACUUCCUGUUAAAGAUAGCAAAUCAAAAAAUGGAGGAAAACAAGAAGAGAAUUGAAAGCACAAAGGGCCUUUGUUCCAUUUCACCAGUUGUUUUUUGGUACCCCACGGAUGUGGCUUUGAAUUCUGAGGUUCUUUAAUGGAAGAUUAAAGUAAGGCACCUGUUCCUCUUUAAUUACUUUUUUUUUUUAUGUAAUUGCCAAGGUAUUUUACACAAGCUAUUAAUUCUCUGUGAUCAUAAAAGAGCAAUUUAAUCUUAUCUUUAAUUUUCUAGGAAUGAAGUAUAAUCCACAGAAAAAAAAAACAACACUUGGUUACCUGAGUCUACAGUUCAGAGUUGGGUGGGAAAUGGUAGAAAAUGAACUUGCACAUCAUGGAUAGCCUCUUAUGAUCAAAUAAGGGUGAUUCACACCAUUUUGUGGUAUCAAUUUUUGGAUUUAUGUUUUAUAUAAAAUGAAUCAUUCUACAGGGUCAUUUUAUUAAGCUAUUCUAAAUAGACAGUGUGGAAGAUGAGAAGAAAACAAAUCAUUGAAGUCACCCAGGAUGAUGGUAAGACCUGGAGAGAAAGAUCAUGCCAAGUAUAGAAGUUUUCAUGAAUGUAAGGGACUGAACAAAAUACCAGUAGAUUGGCGUGAGGGGCAAAUGAAGGAGUUUCGUCUGGUGAAG